AUGGCACCUAUCGGUGUCGGAAUCAUUGGCCUCUCAGCCUCAGGCUGGUCCUGGGGAGUAUCCGCCCACCUCCUCUACCUCAAAGACUCUUCAAAAUACAAAAUCACAGGAGUCUGCAACUCAACAGCCGAAUCUUCGCAANAAGCAGUCGACACCCACAAACUCACAGAUGCAAAAGCAUAUAACUCUGUUGCAGAAAUGGCAGCAAGCUCUGAUGUUGAUCUUGUGGUGUGUUGUGUGCGAGUUGAUCGUCACUACGAGGUUAUUAAGCCUGCUAUUGAAGCUGGCAAAGACUGUUUUGUGGAAUGGCCAUUGGCUUCUAAUUCUGAGCAAGCUAGGGAGCUGCUUCAACUUGCUGAAAGCAAGGGAGUUAAGACUAUGGUUGGCUUGCAGGGUCAGAUGAGUCCUGUCAUCAGCCGUAUCAAAGAGAUCAUCGAGAAGGAAAAGGCAAUCGGCCGUGUCGUCAGCUCUAAUGUCAUUCUAGCUGGUAUGCUAGGUGCCAAGGAAACCUCAGAGGCCAUCGAAUACCUCAACUUUGCAGAGGUUGGCGGCAAUAUGCUGGUGAUCCCCUUUGGACAUUUGUAUGAUUCUAUAAGCUACACCGUCGGCGAACUCAAGGAUGUUUCUUCGACAAUGUCUGUGCAGUAUCCAGAUGUUCCGAUCAAGUCUGCCGAUGGCUCAAAGGUCCUGAGAACUAUCAAACGCACUGCCGCCGACCACAUCACCAUGUCUGGACUUCUCGCCAGUGGUGCCCACUCAUCAGCGACCGUGACCGGGGGUCAACCUUUCAUGGACGAGCCAGCCAUGCUAUGGACAAUCGAAGGCGACAAAGGCGUCAUCAAAGUUCGCGGUCAAGAGACCUUUGCCCUCAGCAUGUCGGGGAACAUCAAGAUCAGGAUGCAAUUGUUUGAGACUGGCGAGACCAAAGAAGUAGAGUUUACGGAAGACAAGCCGGGUCCUCCUGGAAAUGUUGGAAGACUCUACGAGGCUUUCGCUAACGGUCAGUAUUAUCCUGACUGGAAGUGGGCUAUUAAGCGCCAUGCUUGGGUGGACGCGCUUUACAAGAGCAACGAUUUGGGUAAGCGUGUCUCUUACGUCUGA